AUGUCGUCGUGGUUGGUGUCCACUACAGAGCUGCGAGACUGCUGCAAUGAUAUACCAAGAUCAAAUGGAACAUCAACAUCGUUUCGCGAUCGUCAUAGUCGUAAUAAGUUAUUUUUUCUAGUUUGGCAAAGAUUCGCAGAGAAAUGUCAUCAAUUUGGCAAUUUUAUUAAACGAGAAACUAAUAAACCUUUACCCAAAGAGCUGAGGCGAUCAUUGCGUAUGAAUAAAUCGUCAAGACGGAAAGGCUAUCGGCAUUGUGAAACCGAUAUAGAUAAACGCAUUAUGGAAGAGCGUUUGAAUCAACCUGUGAAUAUAGCCAUUCGUGUGGGACCUGCCUUCGAUUAUACACCUUCAAAUUAUUAGUUUUCUUUGUUAUAUUUAUCAUAUAUAUUUGUAUACAUUUAGUUAAGCUUUUUGCAUUAAAAGUUCAGUUUAUUUUGAA